AUGGUCGCUGAGAUGCUUCUAUACUGCAAAACGAAUGCCCUGGAAGUAGUGGAUGACCGUCAGUUCCGUAGCAAGGUGUUGGAGCUUCUCAUUAAAAUCUACAAGACCGUGCCAGCGGGUCGUGACCGUGACUGGGCUGGUUUGGCGCAAUGUUACUUCCUCCUGAACAAACCUGAGGAGGUUGGGACCAUGCUGAGGGAGCUUCUGGACGAUCACGAUAAAUUUGGUCGCCUUAUGGCCAUGCAAAUCGCCUUCGAUCUGGCCGACAGCGAAGCGCAGCAGUUCUGUCAGACGGUCUCGGCAUGUGAUGACCUCAAGUUGUCGGAUGGUGGUGACACUGGGGUGACAGAGGGAGAUGUGAAGAUGGAGAAGGCUGAGGCCCCUGCUGGUGAUAAGAAGAAGGAGUGCAUUGCGAACAUAAAGAAGAUUCUCGCUGGCGAUGCCCAGACUGAUUUGAACCUCGAGUUUCUCUAUCGUAACUCUGCGACGGACUUGCUGCUACUGGACGCGAUCAAGGCGAACCAGCCUGAUGAGAGGAACUCGAUUACCCACAACGGCAUCGUCCUCUGCCAUGCCCUCAUGCAAUGCGGUACCACCAGCGACACUUUCCUCCGUGCCAACCUCGAGUGGCUUGGCAAGGCAGUCUACUGGGCUAAGU